GUCAGAAGCAAAAUGAGCAACAAAGAAGUGUGUUUACUUCUUGGAGCCACUGGCGUCGGAAAGACAUUGUUACUUAAACGUCUACAAAUGAUUGGUUUGCAUGGUUUAGGUGAAAUGAGCGCCAUUCCUUCUACUCUUCCUACAGUGGGAACCAAUCUGACAGACUUGACCCUGAAAAAGAAGAAAGUGACAGUGAGGGAGCUGGGAGGAUGUAUGGGUCCUAUAUGGCCCAGUUAUUUCAAAGACUGCUUCUCUGUCAUUUUCAUGGUGGAUUCAGCCAACAUUGCUCAAAUUUCCUCUUCCUGUAUCCAGUUACUGACUGUGCUUUCUGCUGAGCCUCUGAGCAAUGCCUCUGUGCUUAUUCUCUUCAACAAAAGGGACAUGCCUUGCAUUAUGAGCCUUGUUGAAAUAAAGUCCCUGUUCAGAAUGGAUGACAUCAUUGCAUCUGCCACUCAGCCCAUCACAAUAUUAGAAGCUAGUGCUCGCUCUGGAGAGGGACUGCAGGACGUGUUGAGCUGGCUGGAAUCCAUCGUAGUCAAGUGA